AUGUCCCAACCUCGCGAAUACCCAGCCCUCCCCCGCGAAACCACCCUCGCCAACCUCCCCACCGAGUAUCCCACCGACACCCAAGAUCAAAUCACCCAAAUCCUCUCAACAACCCCAAUAAACCGCUUAGUAGUGCUAGACGACGACCCAACAGGAACACAAACCUGCCACGACAUCUCAGUCCUAACAGUUUGGGACAUCGCAACCCUAACAACGGAAUUCCAUAGCCCAAAACCAGGCUUCUUCAUCCUAACAAACUCGCGCGCCCUCCCACCAACCGAAGCAGAAUCCCUCAUCCGCACAAUCUGCACAAACAUAGCCCAAGUCGCCAGAGCCACAAACCAAAAGGUCGACAUCGUCCUACGCGGCGAUAGCACUCUCCGCGGUCAUUUCCCGCUUGAACCGGACGUUGCACAGUCUGUCUUUGGGCCUGCUGACGCGCUGGUCCUUGCGCCGUUCUUUUUUCAGGGUGGUCGGUUCACUAUUGAUGAUGUGCAUUAUGUUGCUGAGGGCGAGGAUCUUGUUCCAGCCGGUAUGACGCAAUUUGCGAAGGAUGCUACCUUUGGAUAUAAGAGUUCCAAUUUGAGGGAUUAUGUGCUGGAGAAGGCUCCAGGCCGGUAUGAUCCUGGUCAACUGUGUUCGGUGUCUAUUCAGGAUAUUCGGGUUGGAGGGCCGCAGGCUGUUUGUGAGAAAUUGCUUGCGGCGCCUGGUGGUGGGGUGGUUAUUGUUAAUGCCGCUGCGGAGUCUGAUAUGCAUGUCUUUGUCGCGGGAUUGUUGCUUGCCGAAUCCAAGGGGAAGCACUUCCUCUACCGCACAGGUGCAGCUUUCGUUUCAACCAGACUGGGCAUCCGCUCCAAAGCACCCAUCACUGCAGCACAGCUGAACCUCCCCUCGCCACGAGAAACUGGCGGGUUGAUCAUUGCGGGAUCAUAUGUCCCCAAAACGACAGCCCAAUUGAAAGUAUUGACAGACCGCCGCGGCGCAACGGGCGAGCUAGCAAUCAUCGAGAUGAAGGUUGACGAGCUGAUUGCAUCACCUGAGACUGCGUCACAGACUGUGCAGCGCGUUGUUCGGGAAACAGAGUCUUAUCUGCGUGCUGGGAAGGACACUCUCGUUAUGACGAGCCGGAAGCUUAUUACUGGCGGUGAUGAGUUGUCGUCGUUGAAGAUCGGAUCUGCUGUUGCUGAGGCGCUUGUUAGUGUUUUGCAGCGGAUUGAAGUGCAGCCUCGGUUCAUUAUUGCUAAGGGAGGUAUUACUUCUUCUGAUGCUGCGACUAAGGGGUUGAAUAUCAAGCGUGCUACUAUUGUUGGUCAGGCGGCACCUGGCGUGCCUCUGUGGCGGUGCGAUGAGGAAACUAGUCGCCAUCGAAGCGUGCCGACGUAG